ACUCCUUCCAAGCCAAAGUCACAAGCAUUUUGUCAAAUAGUUAAUGUUGAACAUCUGUUAUUGUAAGAGAUGAAAAUGUAUAGAAAUCACAUGGAUCUCGCUGAAUCUAACAAAGAAUUUCACUCGACACUUCACUCUGACUAAACAAAUAAAGAAGAGAAGAGAGGACCGAGGACUGAGAAAUUUCCAUUUGUUUCAGUCUAAGUCGUCCGGGACCUCCAGAUCACUUGUUAAAAUAUUAUUCUCUUUCAAAGUUGCUGUAUAAAAGCUGUCCUGGUCCAAGUUUCAUGAUUCAAUGAGAUUCUGUGCAUCAUUGGCUACUUGGUUAGCCAUGUAAGCACCUUGUUUGUAACUGGGAGUUGUGGAUUUCUGCCAUUACCACUUCCUGUAGUUCAACAGGCUCCUUUGAACAGCUUUUUUCCACUGCGGUGAUUACAAUUUCCUGUUUUCCAUGCCUUAACAGAGAGGAUGGGAGUUCUUACAUGUUCUACACCAUCUUUUUUUCUUCCUUGUGCUUCAUUUAGAUCCAAAGGCCAUCUAGAAAAACCUGUAAAUCCUUUGAUUGUUAAUGGCUUUCCAAGGAAACCUAUUGGUUUGAAGUGGGAGCUUUGGGGCCAAAAGUUGGAGAGCUGCAGACCAUAUUAUCACAUUAAUUUGCAAAAUCAGUGUAGAAUUUCCAGAAAUAUUAUUGUAAGAUCAGAACUUGCUGGAGUUGGAUCUCCUGAUGCCGCCUACUCAUUAACAGAAUAUCAACUGGGGUCAAAAAUUAGGGGAAUUUUCUUUUAUGCUGUCACUGCCGUUGUUGCCAUUUUUAUGUUUGUCUUUAUGUUGGUGAUACAUCCUUUUGUGAUCCUAUUUGAUCGAUACCGAAGAAAAGCACAUCACCUUAUUGCCAAGACUUGGGCAACUUUAACUGUUUUUCCCUUCUUUAAGGUUGAGUUUGAGGGAUUGGAGAAUUUACCAAGUCCUGAUACCCCUGCUGUGUAUGUUUCCAACCACCAGAGCUUUUUGGAUAUCUAUACCCUUUUGAUUCUUGGUAGAAGCUUCAAGUUUAUCAGCAAGACUGGAAUCUUUGCCUUUCCUGUUAUUGGAUGGGCAAUGUUCCUCAUGGGAACUAUUCCUUUGAAGCGAAUGGACAGCAGAAGUCAAAUGGACUGUCUUAAGCGCUGCAUGGAUUUGGUGAGAAAGGGUGCAUCUGUCUUUUUCUUCCCAGAGGGUACGCGGAGCAAAGAUGGGAAGAUUGGAGCUUUCAAGAAAGGUGCAUUUAGUAUUGCAGCAAAGACUGGAGUACCAGUGGUACCAAUUACUCUUACUGGAACUGGUAAACUUAUGCCUGCGGGAAUGGAAGGUACAUUGAAUUUGGGAUCUGUGAAAGUAGUUAUUCACAAGCCUAUAGAAGGAAACAAUCCAGAUAUAUUGUGCAACAAAGCAUGGAAUACAAUAGUAGAUACACUCAUUUGUCACAGCUAAAGGAGUGCAUGGCAACAGAUUUUAUUCAGAUUUUACAUUCUCUAAUCUCUAUGGUAAAGAUUGCCUAGCUAGUUUUGAGCAGCGUCAAGGAUUUUUGAGAUUAUCAAAAAUAGAGACUCUUAUGCUUCUAAAUCAUGCUAGCUUGCAUCAUACGUAUCUAAGUAUCAAACAAUUAGUCAUAACACUGAGAACCCAAAGUCUGGGAGUUGUUUUUUGUGCUUGUUGCAUCUGGCGUAACUGUAACGAAGUCCUAUGAAUUGGAAUUACAAUACAAGAGUUUUUGUACACAGACACAGAAUCCCAAUUCCCAAGCUUAGGGGGCAAUAUAAACUACCGAUUCUCCCA